ACAAUUACUUACCAUGAUGCGAUGGGAAAGAUAUGGCUGUUUGUUUAUAUCGGAUGUUCCUGUUCACAUCGGGAAUGUGCCGAAUAGACAGGGCUAAACAAGAUCAAUAAUUUUUAUCAGUUUCUGAGUGGAUGAUAAACAGCGUUUCAGGAAGGUCUGGGUGUCGCACAUUGCUGAACUCAUAAAUACAGACAAGGUCAGUGACUUAAAAAGUGCCUUUGCCAAGUCACUUUUAUGAGCGAGGACUGCUACGCCUCUGUUCUCAAAAUCCCGUCUUUGCCAGCCAGACAUUGCCUUCACCUUACACCUGGUGGAAGAUACCUCAGCUGUCUCCAUUUGCCAAUUAGUUGAUGGGAAACUGAAAGCAGAAAAAGAGGAAGAAUUAUUAUUCCUGGGACAUGAACAAAUGACUGCAUUGCUUUUCUUGUGUAAUCAAUACCAGCAAGCAACCGUCAGAGAACUGCUAUUCUAUCAAGUAGUGCCACUGCAUUGAAGGACCUUGGCUUAAAACUGGUUCAUCCGUGAUACAAUCAACAAGCCCACGUGUUUUACAGACAGAAAUGCGACUGAGCAUGGUUUUUCCCAGCCAAAAGUCUACAAGUGGGACUUAAUGAUUGAUGAGUGACUGCUUGCUGAUAAACUUUCUCUGUUUAUUCUGCUUUGUGUGCGUUGUACAUCGUUAAUCGUCCCCCACUUUUUUUAAACUUUCUUUUCGAUUGGAAUUGAAAUUAUUUUUUUCUCGUUUUUUGUUGGUUUUUUUUCUUUUUCCCUCCCUUCCCUUCGUCAUUAGUUUUGGAAAUUUCUUCGGCAUAAUUCACUUGACAGCAAUUUACAAAUUCGAAAUCAGCUUUUCAUCAUGGCUUUGAAUGUUGCUCCUGUAAGAGAUACAAAAUGGCUAACAUUAGAAGUGUGCAGGCAAUUUCAGAGGGGAACUUGUUCACGCUCUGAUGAAGAAUGCAAAUUUGCACACCCCCCUAAAAGUUGCCAGGUUGAAAAUGGGAGAGUUAUUGCCUGCUUUGAUUCCUUAAAGGGUCGUUGUACAAGGGAGAACUGCAAGUACCUUCAUCCACCAACACAUUUAAAAACCCAACUGGAAAUCAAUGGCAGAAACAACUUAAUCCAACAAAAAACUGCAGCAGCAAUGCUUGCCCAGCAAAUGCAGUUCAUGUUUCCAGGGACACCACUACAGCCAGUGCCCACAUUUCCAGUGGGUCCCACAAUAGGAACGAACACAGCUAUUAGCUUUGCUCCUUACAUAACGCCAGUAACACCGGGAGUUGGCUUAGUCCCGACUGAGAUCCUACCCACACCGCCUGUCAUUGUUCCUGGAAGUCCACCGGUUUCAGUCCCCGGUUCAACUGCUACCCAGAAACUCCUGAGGACCGAUAAGCUGGAGGUGUGCAGGGAGUUCCAGCGGGGAAACUGUGCGCGUGGAGAGACUGAUUGCCGCUUUGCGCAUCCAGCAGACAGCACAAUGAUUGACACAAACGACAACACCGUAACCGUGUGUAUGGAUUACAUAAAAGGUCGUUGCAUGAGGGAGAAAUGCAAGUAUUUUCACCCUCCUGCACAUUUGCAGGCCAAAAUCAAAGCGGCGCAACACCAAGCCAACCAGGCUGCGGUGGCAGCCCAGGCAGCUGCGGCAGCUGCGACUGUGAUGACUCAGUCGACUGCCAAAGCAAUGAAGCGACCUCUCGAAGCAACUGUAGACCUGGCCUUUCCUCCUGGUGUUCUUCACCCUUUACCAAAGAGACAAGCACUUGAAAAAAGCAAUGGUGCCAGUGCCGUUUUCAAUCCCAGUGUCUUGCACUAUCAACAGGCUCUUGCCAAUGCUCAGUUGCAGCAACAUGCAGCGUUUAUCCCAACAGAUAAUCCUGAAAUAGCUGGCAGGAGCGGAACGGAGUGUCACGAAGCCUCCCUGCGGACGGCCAAGCACGGCUACUGUACAUACUACCCCGUCUCCUCCUCUCUAGAGUUGCCACAAACUGCAUGCUAAGUCAAGAAUUUGUUCUUACGGACAAAUCACAAACUCGAAAAAGCUAGUGCUGCUAUGUCAUAUAUGAAUAUUAAAUAUGGUAUGCUUACUAUACUCCAACCUAAAAUAGUUAACUACCUGAUACCAGCUGUGAUGUUUCAAGACAUAAAGGGUAACAUUUAGUUUUAAAGAUUUUCUAAGCAUAGUUUAAUCCUUGCAAAUAUUGUCUUUUCUCCAUAACUAUACCUAACGGAAACGGUCCAGUUAAGUUAGUCUCGUGAGAUUCAGUGUUUAUGAAUCUUUCGAGCUCAGCAAUAAUUAAGUUGUAUCGGCUAAAAACUUCUCCCAGUUGCAGGUUUAAUUUUCACCCGAACUAUGAUUGGGGUUUUUCUUCUCGGUUAAAAAAAAAAUCUUGUUUUUGCUCCCCUAGCGAGUUGAUUCCAAGACAGAGGAGCGAAACGCAGCCCAGUGUCCUGCACAUCACCCUGCCAAUCUGAAUAUUUUUAGCCAGAAGUCCAAAGUAAAGCACAAGUUCUUUAGAUGCACAUGGUUGGUGUUUGACUUGUAUGGAGAAGCUGCAUUUGAAUCAUAGCAGAAUAGCAGAAGAAAAUUAAAAAAAUUUGCACAGUAUGAACUUCAUACCCCUUUCAAUCCCCAAAAGAACAAAGUCUUGAGAAUAUUAUUUUACAAGUAUAUUUAUAGUGUUUUUAAAAGAGACUUUGCAGAAGUGCCUAAAUUUUGUCACAUCAGACUUGAUGAAAGUGAGCCUGAUGCCAACAGUCAAAUCUCACCGGAAGCGAAUAAUCUUUCAAACUCCUAGUCAGGUUACCAAAAAGAUCCAAGCUGUUAAGAAGUAACUUCUAGAAGUGUAAAAUCAAACAAAAAAAAGACCAAACUAACAAAAAAAAAGGCGAAAAAGAAGGCUGUAGAUGAAGAGAUUUGUAUGAUACUCUAAUUUAAUUAAAACUCAGUUGAGUCACUGAAACUUCAUAGGUGACUUUAAUCUAGGCUAUUAACUGAACACUAAGAAUGUAGAAUGAGAUUCAGUUCAAUAAAUCAUUACUGUAUUUGCAUUUUUUUAAUUGGAUUAUACGAUUGUAACCAGAUUAGAGUGGAGAAAAAAAUAGUUCUUUUAAUUGUUUUUCUUUAAAAACAUAUUUUAUGUCACAAAAGUAUGAAGAUAUCUUUAAUACGAUUAUAUACAUAUUAUAUAUACAUACAUACAUAUAUAUGGAUGAAGCAGAUUUUAAUGUUGUUUACUUUUUUAAAUACUUUGUUGAUUUACAAGGUAAUUAUAUAUGUAUAAUUAAAAUUUCAUUUGUUUGAUUUGAGAUUUGUUUCAAGCACUAUUGUACCAAAUAUUUCAUAUUUCACAUUUUAUAUGUUGCACAUGUAUCACAUAAAUGACAUAGUUUUUAAAUUAUUGUUUAAAAAAACAAGACAGCUGUUAUAAGUGGAUAUUAUGUAUAAUUGUUUGCAGCAUAAGUUUUCUAUGUGGACAUUAUUAGUGAUUGCAGUAUUUUAACUUAACCUCUUCAGAUUGAUUGUAAACUAUUUUAAACUUUGGCAGCACUGCCCGUUCUGAACGACUGAAGGCACUAACCAUAUAAUUAUUUGUCUAGGAAAUUAUUUUCCGGGCUAAAUCUUGUUUGUCCGAUGUCUAAUUACUAUCUAUUUAUAUAUAAAGCUGGAGAUUUGAUCAUCAGAACGAAAAAAAAUCACAAUUUGAUUGUAAAAUUAACAUAGUGCUUGUAACGUUGCGUUAGUUUUAAUUUGUGGAAAAAUAACGUAUCUUAACUCGUUACUUUAGCAGUUAAGGUAUCACCAUUAUAUACUAUUAAAACACUAACAUUUGUAGACUUUCUCAGUCAUUAUAACUAGGUAGUUGACACUGCAACUGGCCUAUAUCUGUCAAAGUUGUUUUUAUUUUUUUAUAAUAGUUAAUUUAGGCAUUUGGGUAGCUUAUUGUAUAAUACUAAAUGGUAAAUUAUCCAUGUUGUUUAAAUAUUUUAUGUAGAUAACUCUUCAAGACAUUGUUUUGUGUGAACUUUUUAUGUUUCGAAAUAACUGUUAUUCUAUGUUUUUUACAAUUAAUCCAAUACUACUAUUUUUUGCCCAUGGAUGACGAAGCUUCAGAUACAUCAGGUCUUUCAUCCAGAUAAACUGACAGACAAAAAGAGAAAAUGUAUUUUUAAUAAGAGAUCCGCUUUCCGACUUUAUGACUUUGUAAUAUUCCUGAAAACUGUACAAGUACAACCCUAUGCUAACAGUAAGGAGGCAAUUACAGAGAUGUGCAAAUACGUGUACAACAGAUUCUGCAUUUUAUUUAUUUAUAAAGUAAUUUUAUAGACUAUUUCAAAAUUUGGGAAGAUCUAAAACUAUUUUUCUGUAUAAAUAUUAUUUGCCAAAACUUUGUUUAUAUUUUAAAAAAAAAGUCUAAUGAAAAUGAUUAAAUUUUAAAUGCUUUGUUUAAUUAAAAAAAAAACCACCAACAAAUAAAACCCCCUAAAAGAACCAUGAGAUGGGCCAACACAGAGACAGUGAAUACUGUAGCUGGGACACGGUUUCAAGUUACUUGAGAUGUCUCAGCGUUUAUUUUCUUCAAAGGAUACAGCACCUCACCAAAAUACCUUUUCGUUUGCCUCUCUCAUCCAGCAUAAUUGACGACGUGUACGAUGAGUAUUUCGGUAACAGUUAAAAGAAACCCCUCCAUUCACUCUUUUUCAGCAUAUAACUACUAGUGGUCUGUUAAAUAGCCAUUCUAUUUCUGUUGUGACGUUAAAUUCAUUCACCCAAUGUACAACCACUGAAAUAAAAAGAAGCAUUUUAAAAUGA